AUGCGGCCGAGCAGCGACCAUCAGCGACCACAUGGCAUCCUUGCACACGUCAAGAUGAGUCCUCCGCGGCGCGUUUUCGGCGCGCCCGACACCCUCAACGGCAGCGGCAGAAGAUACCUACCAACAGCAACAUCAAUACCGUCUGCUCUAUCUCCGUCCGCGUUCAUACUCAUCAGCCUCACCGUUCAACCUCAGCCUGAGGCUCAGAUUCUGCCUCACGCCGCGACCGCGAACGCGAGCGAUGUAUAA